AUGAUGAAAUCAAUGCUCUUUGGUCUCUUUGCCGUCGGAUCCGCUUCUGUCGACCAUUUCGGCAAGAUCCGAAUGCCUCGAUUUGAAAAACUGGUCGGUUCGGAGGUCGAUUUGGCUGGCCCGAUCGCCGUUGACUCGGAAAAAGACUGUACUGACCUCUGCCGCGUUGCAUCGUUCUUUGCCAGUCCGACACGACAAUACGAUGCCUACUGUGAUUUUGCGGAUAUCUACGCUGACGGACAAUGCUUUCUCUCUGAAAUUCCAACAUUGCAAGAAUUCAUCGUCGACAAAACUGGCUCCCGUGCACUUUCCUGCCGCGCUCUUUGCUCCUUCAUGUCCGACUGCAUGGUUGUUCAGACCGAGUCAAAAAUAACGCGACGAAUGACCUCCCGAACUUGCUCCUUUUUCAAUGGAUACGUCGAGGUUCAACGAACCAGGUUUCCCGUCGAAGUCGAGAUGAAACAGACCAUGUUUGAAAAAUACAUCCAAAUGUGA